AUGCCACAUAAACGAAGUCAGGAAACUGAGGCUAGACAUCGGGCAGCUUACGAAGAGAAAAAGAAGCAGAUGGAGACAUGCGCGUCCCAUCCCCCUGAACUCACAGACUUAGCCGAGAACUACACAUCCAAGAUCAAUGCAUCGGCGAAUCACUGA